AUGGCUUCCGCAACAGGCUUCUACGACUUCAAGCCCUUGGACAAGCGCGGCCAAGAGGUCCCCCUCGCCGACUACAAGGGCAAGGUCGUCCUCGUCGUCAACACCGCCUCCAAGUGCGGCUUCACCCCGCAGUACGCCGGCCUCGAGACGCUCUACAAGGGCAUCAAGGAGAAGCACGGCGACGACUUUGUCAUCCUCGGCUUCCCCUGCAACCAGUUUGGCGGCCAGGAGCCCGGCUCCGAUGACGAGAUCCAGAACUUUUGCCAGGUCAACUACGGCGUCUCCUUCCCCAUCAUGCAAAAGAUUGACGUCAACGGCGACGCCGCCAACCCCCUCUUCCAGUGGCUCAAGGAGGAGAAGCCCGGCAUCAUGGGCCUCAAGCGCAUCAAGUGGAACUUUGAAAAGUUCCUCAUCGGCCGCGACGGCGCGGUCAAGGGCCGCUGGGCCAGCACCACCAAGCCCGAGAGCUUGGAGAAGCCCAUCAUCGACGAGCUGGAGAAGAAAUAA